AUGGAUGAUAGUGGACAGAGGAACAGUAUACGGAGUGUAACUGAACCAUCCACUCCUCUAAGAAAAAGUUCUCGAAUAGACGAAAGUUUUGCAUUUUACUCACAAAGGAGGACCAUAUUCAGAACUAGUGACAUUCAUUUACCUCCUCAUGAAUUACCGUCCAUUACCGCCAAAUUAAGUCAAGAAAGCAAUUCCGCCCCUGGAUCGCUGAGAAGAUCAAGACGAAGAUCCCGGUCUCGACCUACGACUCCACUGGUAGGGAGAGAUUCCAUGCCAGGAUUAUUACCAGACACCAUGACACCUACUAGAAACACAGAUAAAAGACGAAGUAGUAGUAAUUUUACGAUGGGCAAUAAAAAGAGGAAAAGGCGAUCUUUAAUUAUUACGGAGAAUGGAGGGACGGCUUUUGACCCAAAUUAUAUUGGACCUAUAACGAUUGACUAUUUGCGAUUAUUCUGUAAAAUAGCGAUAGAAGAACAAACCGAGAAGGAAGAUACCAAAUCUGAAACCGAAGAUGUUGAAGCACCCAUGGGACCACAAGAAGCAAUACCUGCUGUGUCACCCGAAAUAAGUGAUCAAAACGAAAGAAAGAGUCCUAAGUUUAACUACUUUGAUCAGUCUUUGCCUCUCCCAGAAGUUGAAGGCAUGCCAGUUUCUCCAGAUCCGCAUGAAGUACGGCCACUAUAUGAACCAGUUGAUAUUGGAACACCACCAAGAAAAAAAUUCUCGUAUUUAGAACGUAUAUUAGCUGCACAGGCUAAGAAAAAUCAAAAGAUAGACAAGGAAUCUACCAUAGAUGCUGAACCUACUUUUUAUGAGCAAGCAACAGAUGAGACUAAUAGACAAAGUAUAGAUUCAAGUUCGAUACAAACUCAUUUGGUUAUAGAGGAUAACAGUACCUAUAUUAGGGAUGUUCCUUCAAGCGAUUUGAAUGUACGUUCAAAUAUUGAACUGGAAAAUAAAUCCCAAAGAAUAGAGGGGGAUUU